AUGGAGGCCGAAUUUUACAUGGCGAUUCUUAGCUGCUUGAUCUUCGGGAACUUGGAGGGGUUUCAGAUUGUCCAUGUGCAGAAACAACAGUGCCUUUUCGUAAAUCAGAAAGUGGCCGUGGGCUCGUGCAAUGGGACCAGCCAGAACCAGCAGUGGCGGUGGACUGAGGAUGGGAAGCUCCUUCACGUCAGAUCUGCGCAGUGCCUGGGCAUCUCCAGUGCCUCUGGUGGCCCCUCUAGAACAGCCACCGUCACCCUCUGCUCCCAGGCGCCCCGCUGGACCUGCUACGAGCAGGAAGGGUACCUUGAGAUGGAAAACGCUUCUUUCUUUCUCAAGAAACAAGGUCCCAGGGUAGUGGUCAAGAAGGGCAAGAAAUAUCUCCAUAGUUGGAUGAAAAUAGAUGUCAACACAGAGGGGAAAUUGGUCAAUGGAAGCCUCUGCUUGAAAAAAGCUGGCCUGGGAGCAGAAGUUUCAGUGAGGAGCCCUAGAAACACAGCUCCUCCUCAGAUCCCUACUACUUUUAAAGCGGUUCCAUAUCACCCAGAACACCGCAUCAGGAACACCACAGAAAACUACAGCCAAAGCAGCAGCCAGAGGCAUCAUCCUAGCCUGCCCCUGCCUGGAGUUACAGACACAUCAUGGAUUCCAUCAACUACUCAGCCAUUCUCCAGCACGACAGAAGAGACUGGACUAGCGGAGCCAGUGCGGUGUAACUUCACGCUGACCGAGUCCAAGGUCUCCAGCCGAUCAGUGUCUCUCCAGUGGAGAACUUUGGGAUCGCCCUGUAACUUUAGCCUCAUCUAUAGCAGUGACGCCUCUGGGGCAGCGUGGUGCCACCCGAUCCGGAUUGACAACAUCACCUAUGGAUGUAACCCCAAGGAUUUACAGGCGGGAACUAUCUAUCACUUCAGGAUCGUGUCUCUGGAUGGAGAAGAGAAAACGGUGGUUUUGCAAACAGAUCCAUUACCUCCUGCGAAGUUUGAAGUCAGCCAAGAGAAGACUACUUCAACCAGCUUGCAAGUCUGGUGGACUCCUUCUUCUGGAAAAGUCACCGGCUAUGAGGUGCAAUUAUUUGAUGAAAAUAAGCAAAAGACACAGGAGACCCAAAUUCAAGAAAGUGCUUCAUGGAAUGAAUACACUUUUUUUAACCUCACUGCUGGUAGCAAAUACAGUAUGGCCAUCACAGCUGUUUCUGGAGACAAGCGUUCCUCUCCAGUUUACACCAAUGGAUCAACAGUGCCAUCUCCGGUGAAAAACAUUCAGGUUUCCGCCAAAACUGACUCACUCCUGAUUUCCUGGUCCCAUGGUUCUGGGAAUGUGGAGCAAUACCGGCUGAUGCUAGUGGAUAAAGGAAUCUUAGUGCAUGACACUGUGGUGGACAAACAGGCUACAUCCCACACUGUUCAUGGGCUGACACCUGGCCAACUCUACAACCUCACUAUUGUGACGGAGGCUGCAGGACUGCAAAACCACAGGUGGAAACUAGUCAGGACGGCCCCCAUGGAAGUCUCGAGCCUGAAGGUGACAAAUGAUGGCAGCUUGACCUCUCUGAAAGUCAAAUGGCAAAGACCUCAUGGAAACCUAGAUUCCUACAACGUUACCCUGUCCCACCAAGGGACCGUGAAGGAAUCCAGAGUAUUAGCACCUCAGGUCACUGAAACCCACUUUAAAGACUUAGCCCCAGGACGACUUUAUCAAGUUACCAUCAGUUGUGUCUCUGGGGAACUGUCUGCUCAGAACACGGCGGUGGGCAGAACAGUUCCAGACAAAGUUGGGAAUCUAGAGGCAAACAACAAUGGUUGGAUGAGGUCCCUCGUAGUGAGUUGGUCGCCCCCUGCUGGAGACUGGGAGAGGUAUCAGCUCCUGCUCUUCAACGACUCUUCCGUGCUGUUCAACACCACGGUGAGAAAGGAGGAAACACACUAUGUUGUGGAUGACGUGGGGCUCAUACCGGGAAGACAGUAUGAGGUAGAAGUCACUGUUGAGAGUGGAAACUUGAAGAAUUCUGAGCGUUGCCAAGGCAGGACAGUCCCCUUGCCUGUCCAGCAGCUCCGAGUCAAACACGCCAAUGAAACGUCCCUGAGCAUCAUGUGGCAGACUCCCCUGGCCGAAUGGGAGAAAUACAUCAUCUCACUCGCCGACAGGGACCUCUUACUCAUCCACAAGUCGCUUUCCAGGGAUGCCAAAGAAUUCACUUUCACCGACCUGGUGCCUGGACGAAAAUAUAUGGCCACAGUCACCAGUAUCAGUGGAGACUUAAAAAAUUCCUCUUCGGUAAAAGGAAGGACAGUGCCUGCCCAAGUGACUGGCUUGCAUGUGAGCAACCAAGGAAUGACCAGUAGUCUGUUUACUAACUGGACCCAGGCGCUGGGAGACAUAGAAUUCUACCAAGUCUUACUGAUCCACGAAAAUGUAGUCAUCAAAAAUGAAAGUGUCUCCAGUGAGACCAGCAGAUACAGCUUCCACUCCCUCAAACCCGGCAGCCUGUAUUCUGUGGUUGUGACCACAGUGAGUGGAGGGAUCUCAUCUCGACAAGUGGUGGUAGAGGGAAGAACAGUCCCUUCCAGUGUGAGUGGAGUGACGGUGAACAACUCUGGCCGCAAUGACUACCUCAGCGUUUCCUGGCUGCCAGCGCCGGGGGACGUGGACAGCUACGUGGUGGCGCUGUCCCAUGACGGCAUGCUGGUUCAGUCCCUUGUCAUUGCCAAGUCUGUCAGCGAAUGUUCCUUCAGCUCCCUCACGCCAGGCCGUCUCUACAACGUGACAAUAACUACAAGGAGUGGCAAGUACGAAAAUCAUUCCUUCAGCCAAGAGCGGACAGUGCCUGACAAGGUCCAAGGAGUCAGCGUGAGCCACUCGGCCCGGAGUGACUAUUUAAAGGUAUCCUGGGUGCACGCUCCGGGUGACUUUGACCACUAUGAAGUUACCAUUAAAAACAAGAACAACUUCGUUCAAACCAAAAGCAUUCCCAAAUCAGAAAAUGAGUGCGUGUUUGUACAGCUAGUCCCUGGACGGUUGUACAGUGUCACCGUUAGUACUAAGAGUGGACAAUAUGAAGCCAGCGAACAAGCAAAUGGGAGAACCAUUCCAGAGCCUGUGAAGGAUCUAACGUUGCGGAAUCGGAGCACCGAGGACCUGCAUGUGACGUGGUCACGAGCUGAGGGGGACGUGGACCAGUACGAGAUCCAGCUCCUCUUCAACGACAUGAAAGUGUUUCCUCCUUUUCACCUUGUCAACACUGCAACCGAAUAUCGAUUCACCUCCCUCACACCAGGGCGCCAGUACAAAAUUCUUGUCUUGACCAUCAGUGGAGAUGUCCAACAGUCAGCCUUCAUCGAGGGCUUAACAGUUCCUAGCGCUGUGAAAAAUAUUCACAUUUCUCCCAAUGGGGCCACAGAUAGCCUGACGGUGAACUGGACUCCUGGUGGGGGAGAUGUUGAUUCCUUCACCGUGUCAGCAUUCAGACAGGAUCAAAAGGUGGAGUCUCAGACAAUCCCCAAGCACAUCUCUGAGCACACAUUCCACAGGCUGGAGGCCGGGGAACAGUACCGCAUCGCCAUCGCCUCGGUCAGCGGGUCCUUGAAGAACCAGAUUGAUGCGGUUGGGCGGACAGUUCCAGCAACUGUACAGAGAAUAACCGCAAGCAAUGCAUACAGCAGUGAUUCCUUAAUAAUAAGUUGGCAAAAAGCUGUUGGUGUGGCAGAGAGAUAUGAUAUCCUGCUUCUGAAUGAAAAUGGAGCUCUUCUGAGCAACAUGUCCGAGCCAGCCAGCGCCAAGCAGCACAAAUUUGAAGAUCUGACACCCGGCAAGAAAUACAAGAUACAGAUCCUAACUGUGAGUGGAGGACUCUUUAGCAAGGAAGCCCAAACUGAAGGCCGAACAGUCCCAGCAGCUGUCACCAACCUGAGGAUCACAGAGAACUCCACUAGGCACCUGUCUUUCAGUUGGACAGCCUCGGAGGGGGAGCUCAAUUGGUACAACAUUUUUCUGUACAACCCAGAUCGAACUCUUCAGGAGAGAGCGCAAGUUGACCCCCAAGUCCAGACCUUCUCUUUCCAGAACUUGCUGCAAGGCCGGAUGUACAAAAUGGUGAUUGUAACUCACAGUGGAGAGCUAUCUAAUGAGUCUUUCAUGUUUGGCAGAACAGUCCCGGCCCCUGUGAGCCAUCUCAAGGGAUCUAAUCAGAACAUGACAGAUAGCCUUUGGUUCAGCUGGAGCCCAGCCCCUGGAGACCUUGACUUUUACGAGCUGAUUCUCUACAAUCCCAAUGGCACAAAGAAGGAAAACUGGAGACACAAGGACCUGACAGAGUGGCGUUUUCAUGGGCUGGUCCCUGGAAGAAAAUACACACUGUGUGUGGUAACCCACAGCGGAGACCUCAGCAAUCAGGUCACAGGGGAGGGCAGGACAGCUCCAGCUCCUCCCAGCCUUUUGUCAUUUGCUGAUGUUUCAAACACAUCCUUGGCCAUCACCUGGAAGGGGCCCCCAGACUGGACAGACUACAAUGACUUUGAACUGCAGUGGCUCCCCAGGGAUGCACUCACAGUCUUCAAUCCCUACAGCAACAAAAAAUCUGAAGGACGCAUUGUGUAUGGUCUCCGCCCAGGGAGAUCCUAUCAGUUCAGUGUCAGGACUGUCAGUGGUGACUCCUGGAAAACCUACAGCAAACCAAUUUUUGGAUCUGUGAGGACAAAACCAGACAAGAUACAAAACCUGCAUUGCCGCCCUCAGAACUCAACGGCCAUUGCCUGUUCUUGGAUCCCUCCCGAUUCUGACUUUGAUGGGUACAGCAUUGAAUGUCGGAAAAUGGACACCCAAGAAAUUGAGUUUUCCAGAAAACUGGAAAAAGAGAAAUCCCUGCUCAACAUUAUGAUGCUGGUGCCACAUAAGAGGUACCUGGUAUCCAUCAAAGUGCAGUCAGCUGGCAUGACCAGUGAGGUGGUGGAAGACAGCACUAUUACAAUGAUAGAUCGCCCUCCUCCUCCACCUCCACAUAUCCGUGUGAAUGAAAAGGAGGUGCUAAUUAGCAAAUCUUCCAUCAACUUUACUGUCAACUGCAGCUGGUUCAGUGACACCAAUGGAGCUGUGAAAUAUUUCACAGUGGUGGUGAGAGAGGCUGAUGGCAGCGAUGAGCUGAAGCCGGAACAGCAGCACCCUCUCCCUUCCUACUUGGAUUACAGGCACAACGCCUCCAUUCGAGUGUAUCAGACGAAUUAUUUUGCCAGCAAAUGUGCUGAAAGUCCUGAUAGCAAUUCCAAGAGUUUUAACAUUAAGCUUGGAGCGGAGAUGGAGAGCCUGGGUGGGAAAUGUGAUCCCAAUCAGCAAAGAUUCUGUGACGGACCACUGAAGCCACACACCGCCUACAGAAUCAGCAUUCGGGCUUUUACACAGCUAUUUGAUGAGGACCUGAAGGAAUUUACAAAGCCACUCUAUUCAGACACAUUUUUCUCUCUGCCUAUCACCACCGAGUCAGAGCCUCUGUUUGGAGUUAUUGAAGGUGUGAGCGCUGGUCUGUUUUUAAUCGGCAUGUUGGUGGCUCUCAUUGCGUUUUUCAUCUGCCGACAGAAAGCAAGCCAUGGUCGAGAAAGGCCCUCCGCGCGGCUGAGCAUCCGCAGGGACAGACCUUUGUCUGUGCACUUGAACCUGGGCCAGAAAGGUAACCGGAAAACAUCCUGCCCGAUAAAAGUCAAUCAGUUUGAAGGGCAUUUCAUGAAGCUGCAGGCUGACUCCAACUACCUUCUAUCCAAGGAAUACGAGGACUUAAAAGAUGUGGGUCGAAACCAGUCCUGUGACAUUGCACUCUUGCCGGAGAAUAGAGGGAAAAACCGGUACAACAAUAUACUGCCCUAUGAUGCCUCGCGAGUGAAGCUGUCCAAUGUGGAUGACGAUCCUUGCUCGGACUACAUCAAUGCCAGCUACAUCCCUGGCAACAACUUCAGAAGAGAAUACGUUGCUACUCAGGGGCCACUUCCUGGCACCAAAGAUGACUUCUGGAAGAUGGCGUGGGAACAGAAUGUUCACAACAUCGUCAUGGUGACCCAGUGUGUCGAGAAGGGUCGGGUCAAGUGUGACCACUACUGGCCAGCGGACCAGGAUUCCCUCUACUACGGGGACCUUAUCCUGCAGAUGAUCUCAGAGUCCGUGCUGCCCGAGUGGACCAUCAGGGAGUUCAAAAUAUGCAGUGAGGAGCAGCUCGAUGCACACAGACUCAUCCGCCACUUUCACUAUACAGUGUGGCCAGACCAUGGAGUCCCAGAGACCACCCAGUCCCUGAUCCAGUUUGUGAGAACCGUCAGGGACUACAUCAACAGAUCCCCGGGGGCCGGGCCCACGGUGGUGCACUGCAGUGCCGGUGUGGGUAGGACUGGAACCUUUAUUGCCUUGGACCGAAUCCUCCAGCAAUUAGACUCCAAAGACUCUGUGGACAUUUAUGGAGCAGUGCACGACCUAAGACUUCACCGGGUCCACAUGGUCCAGACCGAGUGUCAAUAUGUAUACCUACAUCAGUGUGUAAGAGAUGUCCUCAGAGCAAGAAAACUACGGAGCGAACAAGAAAACCCCUUGUUUCCAAUCUACGAGAAUGUGAAUCCAGAGUAUCACAGAGAUGCAGUCUAUUCAAGGCAUUAAGAAUGUACCCGAAGAUCUGGAUAACAAUUAUUCACUAUGUGAUUUCUUAAAAACCUGCUUCAUGCCCUACAGAGGUGCCAGCUAUUUCUGUUGAUACUAUGUAUAAUUUAUUAAUCUGGAGAAUUUUAAAGAAUUUAUGUAAUUUAAAGGUAACAGAUAUUAUUGUACAUAGUUGUAUUUUGUAGUUCCUUCUGUAAAUAUGUAUUUUUUCAUAAUGUUUAAUAUUAAGUUUUAUAUAAUACUAUUUUUCCACACUGAAGUAUUCAUGACUUGUUCUACAUAAGCUAAUUCAACCUGUGUCUGGAGGUGGUUGCAGAGAUAAUCCUUGGAUCCUGUUUUGUAUCUAUCUUGAUAUUCAAUGGACAACAUAAAUGGCGGGACUACUGAGUGCACAUGGUAUGGUGAGCUUUGCUGCAUUGCAUGAGAUCUCAAGAUCCAAAAAUGAUCCAUCUGCUAUUAGAACACGAAAGGGAUGAGAGAGAAAAGUCAGGCAGCACAAAGCUGAGCUGAGUGGCUAUGCCCACAUGUGCUGUUCUUGCUCCUUUCUCUUGCUAAGGACAGAGCAAAAUGGGCAUCUCAAGAGCUAACUCAGCACAAGCCCAGACAUUAGGAUUGAGGGUUCUGAUAGAAAGUGAUCCAAGCAGCUGUGAUGAAUGCCUUUGUGUUAAGAAUGCCGGCUGCACCCCUGAGCAGAAGUCUAACCUGCAGAGUCUCCCUGGUAGUGAUUAAAGAUUGUCUCGCUGGUUUCCAGGUGAGGAGUGAGAGCAUGUGUGUUGGUUUAUGGACACACACUAGUCUGUCUCACUUCCCAGGGUCCACAUUCCUGGCAAAGUCACAGUUCUGCCAAUCAUACUUGGUUUCCUCCUUAGAAGAUUACAGUGGCAGAUUAUGCUCCUGGUUAAAGGACCCAAUGCCAAUAUUUUUAUAGAAGUGUCUCUAAACAUCAUAUAUAGUCAAUUUAAAAACAAAGAGCAAAAGCCAAAACUUGGUGUUCUUGGUUUAAAAUUUCCCAAAAGACUUUUUUAGUCAAUCAGUGAGAUCAAAAUAUCAAGUGGUCAGCUAAUGUAGCACUUACUAUAAAAAGCACUAUGUACUCCUGCAAGUUUAUCUUGAAUAUCUAUGCCUUAUUGUCACUAGAAAAACGCCAGUGAGUUUGAAAGUGGGCAUUACCCACAUCAAGUCCGGUUCUAACACUCUUCCUGGGGAAGAUUCAGAAGUCACCAGUAGGGAAUCCUCAUGACUAUCAGACAAAAGGAACCAGAGUUGUGUGCCCUUUCCCUCACCAAUGUUUUUGGUGAUGAACUUAGACACUGGAGGUCAAGGUUGUUGAUCUCACGGUUUCAUCUGUAGAAAGACUACAUUUCAAAGUAUGUACUUGUGUUACAUAUCAUAGAGUCCUGAAGGUAAUGCUCAUACUAUGAGAAUGUAAUUGGCAUAAGAAUCAAAAUCAUCAGCCAUACUUAAGAUAAUUAGGUGUUUAUAAUUAGAUAACUCUAGACCCAAUCUAGGCAAUUUUCCAGGGUUAUUUCAAGUUAGUAAAAUAAAUCCUAAUGAAUGUGAAGAGUAUUUAAAGGAUUCAAGUUUUCAGUUUCACAGAACUCCAUGCUCUUACAAAAUGACAGGUGUUGGGCUUUGGUUCUUCAUGAGAGAACCUUACAGAAGUUCAGAGGGUCUUCUAGAAAGGAAAGGAACAAAUACAUGUAAAUGUGGCAAAUGAACCCCAAGAAGAAGAUAGAGGUCAGACUUAAUGACGUAUACUGUCUAUUAGGAAUCAUCUUUCCUAUACUAAAAAAGAAAACAAUUUUUAACUAAUGUUGAUCUAUGCAAAGCUCAUAAAUGCCUAGAAAAGAGAAAUUCAGAGACUUUUAGUAAAGUGGCUGCACCUUGCUAGACACUGUUUCAGAUUCUGUAUAUUUCUACUUGUAUAAAGAGAAUGUAUUACAAUAAAGGUAGGAUUGUUUUUACUAUUUUCAACUGAGCUUUACAGAGGACCUCAGCAAAGAAAUGAGCUAACCAAGUCAGUCUAGGAUAGAAGUGGCCUUCCACCGGUCACACACUGCCAAGUGCAGAGGCUGCUGCAGUAACAAACCACUGGAUGUAGAUCAAAGAGCGAUUCUUUGCAGAGAAUUAAAACCAAAAAAACCUACACAUUUGCAACAGUAAAUAUCACUCACAUACUCUGACAACAUCUGGGUGGAAUCAGAAUUAUGGAAAUGAAUGAACAAGAGAAAAUUGUGCAUUCUUUUAGUCUAAUCCAGGAAAUAGUUAUCCCUACUCUACUCCUAAUUUUAAAUCUCCUUAGGAACAAAUAUUUUACUGUUUCCUGUCAUUCCCAGGAAGACUAAAUACAUAAUCUGGUUGAUCUAUUCAUCACAUUUAAGGGGCAAGGGUGGGGGUGGGGAAAGUUUCCUUGACACUCAGCUCAAUAGAAUGUAUUUAUUUAAUUGCAUCAUGUGCUAUGUCUUGAUAAACACUCCAUUUCCUGUCUUGGUGGGCAGCCUGUCUGUGCACCUGUGUGGUACACUUUAAUCAUCAGGCUUCAAAGUGCUUUUGGGCUUCAAAUCUUGGAAGUCUCAUCUUGCAUCUUAAUUAUUUGUCCAAAUUCUUUAUAAUUAGCUCCUUUAAUGUCUUCUCAUUAAAUCAAUUUUGUAUUAUUCUGUUUUUCUUUGGAAUGCAGCCAAGUUUUCAGCUCUUGAAUCAGGUCUCUCAAAGGCUUGUCUCUCUGCCUGAACUCGCACAUAUUUGGCCUAGGUAAUUCCACAUCUCUUAAUACUCCUGAGUCUCACUAUUUCACUACUUGCCCUUCUUCUCCCUGUUGAAUAUGUCUGCCUGGCCACUGGCAUGGGAUUUUUAUCUUCUGUUCAUUUUAUCUCUAUACCCAUUAACGUAAUUUCAUAGGCUCCAUAUUAUAAAGGAGAUGAACAUUUUAUUUUUAAAUACAAAAAUGCUCACAGCACAUAUAUUUUGAGGAAAUUUUAUUUGGGAGGGUCUUUAAUUAAUGUAAUUUUGGAAGAGAGCCAAAAAUGGCAUGAGAAAACAUGAAACCAUUUAGCAGAUGUCCAGCAGUACAAAAAUAGAUAUCACGUGGUUCACUUCACGCUGGUUCUCUUGCCUUGGUGUCUACAGACCCAGAAUCUUACAUUAAGCCUUCUCCAUACCCUUUACAAAAAUUCUUAGCCAUAUACUAAGUUCUCAGGUACUUUGCCUCCUAAGAGUUCUUUGAGGUUGGAAUUGUGAAAUCAUAAAGCUACUAGGUCUGUGUUUCAGCAAAUUACACUCAAACCUAGGGUGCUCUAGAGUUUUAGUUCAACUUGUUGGCUAGACCAAGCCUGACCUAGUGAAAACCAAUAGGUAACACACUGCUUGUCUGUGGAUUCAGUUUAAGGGGUUUUCUGGUUCCAUUUCACUGAGGAAAGAUUGGCCAGGAUCGAAUGGCAGGAAGCAAUGACUAAUUCGCUUCCAAAUGACAGUAGCAAGCCCUAACCCUACCUCAUUCCUGGAUGAGAGCUAAAGUAGAAAAUGCCCUCCUUGCCCAAAUGCCAUUUUGACUUUUCUUAGUAUUUUUAACAUGAGACUUAGAAUCACAUCAAGUAUUCAAAGAAUGUUUCAUAUCAAAGGAAAAUUUGUAAAUUAUGACUGCAGAAAGCAAAUGAAAAAGAAGCAAAGAAGGGGGAAAUAUUUGAAAGAGGGAAUCUAAUUAGCUGUCAGAAAUAUAAAAGGACAUUUCUUCCGGGUGGCCAGAAGGUUCUUUGAAAGCCUUGUCAUGUAUUUAUUUCCUUUAGAACAUAUUGCCUUUUGGUCCAGCUGUGAUGGCCAGAUGAUUUAGCGAUUAAGCAACUGAACUGAUCCAUUUAGUUUUGUGAAUUAACCAGGUACCUAACUAAAUCUAUUGGGUUUGGCAUUCUGGAUGCACCUCCUUUAUAUUCUUGAUGACUUGGAAAAUGUUUGGCCAUUUUAGUUAAAAUGCAGGAUAACAUUUGAUGCAGCCAUGAUAACAGCAAAAAUCUGUUCUGUUCUAAAAAUGUUUCUAGCAAUGGAAAUGUUUUUGGCUAAAAGAAUACUCUUCACUUGUAGGGAGGCUCCUUCAGAAUAAAUGUAUGCAUUUUAUUUUUUAAGAUAGUCUUUAUGGAUACAUUCAUUAAAUAAGGAAAUUGUUGGUGAAUGAUCCUAAAAUAAAGAUUUACAUGAUAGAAAAGAUCUAUUAACAGAGUUACCAAUGAUUAUUUAUAUAGCCUAUAUGCCAAUGCACAUGGUCUUAUAUAAGACAACAAAAUAAGUUAUUCAAAGCUGUGAAUAAUGUCAGACAAGUGCAAUGUGUCCCUUCUGGAAUAAUCACAAGAGUGGUUAGUUAUGGCUGUUUUCUGCCUUAAGUAAUUUCUUUUAAGAAAUACUAUCCUCACCCUCAAAGCAAGAUUUGUUAUGCUUAAGAUGUUGUGUUUUAAUAACUGUGCCUAAGUAAGUACCCCAUCAAGAGAAGAACAUGCAAUGUUGGCAUUAGGAGUUUGUGGCAGAGUUGGACAGUGUAGCAUCUGUUAUUGGUGGGAGGGUCUGCAUCAGUCUUCAUGGAGUUUCCUGGGCCACGUGGACAAGAGAUUGCACCAAGAUCUUGAAGAGAACUCGCAUGUCUGGUCAUCCAUGCAAGACUCCUUGUAAAUUCUUCAAGGACACGGACCAGGUCUUUAAUCUCUUCACUACUCCUACCUUGUAGAGAUGAGUUCAUAGCUAGCAGACAGUCUACAUAUACUUUGAGUGGAAAUUGCUCCUGGCCUGAUACUUUGGAUAUCAGAUAGUCAGUAUCCAAUACUACUAUUGUCCAUGGCUGUGCCUUGUGUGGGGCAUAAAUAAUGUAAAUAACUCCAGCAAUCCAAUUUAUUAUGUUCUAUAAUAGAGCACUUUUAUAUUUUUAAUGUCAUUUAUUCUCUAUCUGAAAAUCUGACAGUGGAUGAUUCUAGUUUUAUUUUCACUAUAGCAUCUACCCAUAUUGUGUUUCUAACAACUCUAUUUGAAACAAACUCCGUUAGUCUUUCUAUUUAAAUUAUGUAUUUGCUAAAUAUAUUUUCAUAUUUGUAAUGGUGCCAAAAAACCUAUAUUAUUUUGCACACAUUCUCACCAGUAUAAGGAAUAAAACUCUGGUUUGUUGAA